CUACACCCUCUCUCAAACACAUUAUAUUCCAUAUAUUAUCUUUCCCAUCCCUCAAAAACAAAAAAAAAGUUCAACAUUUAGGAUAAAAACUAACACAAUAUGGCAAAUAAACUCCAAUAUGCACUUCUCAUUGCGGGUGCCAUUUGCUUGGCAUCCUUACUCACCUUCACCGAUGCCGCGGUUGAUCCACACUUCCAAGUCAUUGGAACCGUGUACUGCGACACAUGUCGAGCCAAAUUUGUCACCCGAGUCUCCGAAAGGAUGCCAGGGGCCAAGGUGAGAUUGGAAUGCUACAACAACACAGACGGAAAGUUGACGUACAGCGCAGAUGGCGAAACAGACAGCAACGGCGUCUACAACAUAGACGCCGUGGGCGAACACCAGGACGAGUUCUGCGGCGUCAAGCCGGUAAAGAGCAGCAAAGACGACUGCACCGAGAUCAUCGAAGACGGCUGGGCGAAAGACUUCACCAGAGUCACCCUCACAACCAAGAAUGGCAUUGCUGACAUGGCCAGGAACGUAAACCCUAUCUUGUACUUGAAGGAUAAGCCCAUUGCUGCUUGUCCAGAGGUGUUCAAGGAAUUGCGUUACAUUCCAGGAGAAAACCAGCACGCUUGAAGAACCCUUCUCGUCCCAGUUUUACCACGUACAUUAAAGAGAGAAAAGAAAAACUAGGGUUCUUGGCACACACAUGCAAAAUUUCAAUAUGAUUUUUCGUAUUUAUAAGAAAUAAAAGAACAUAUG